AUGCCGUCUCUGGUGCCGAGAUUGCCCCUCACCUUCCGGCUCUGGAUGUCACGCGCCUGCCUCUCUGCCUCCAGCGGGGGAUGGGCCGGUCUGCAGCUGGCUGGCUGUCUUCUGGUGUUCACUCAAUCCUCUGUUCGACAAGACGUACUGUGUCUUCCAGGCUCUUUGUCCCUGAGCGGCCCCAGCACCAUGACGGGCGCCGUGGGGGACUCCCUGAGCGUGGAGUGUCGCUACAAGGAGGAAUACAGGGAAUUUCACAAAUAUUGGUGCAGACAGCCAUGCUUCCCGCUUUGGCAGCGGACUCUACAGACCAGCAGGCCCGAGGUGGAGGUGAAGAGCAGCCGGGUGUCCAUCACGGACCAUCCGGAGGACCUCACCUUCACAGUGACCUUGGAAAGCCUCACUGCAGAUGAUGCAGGGAAAUACAGGUGUGGGGUUGCAACGAUGCUGAAGGAAGAAGGACUCCUCGGCUUCCUGCCUGAUCCCUUUUUCCAGGUUCAAGUGAUUGUCUCCGCAGGUGACAGGCAACUGGCUGGGAAGAGUCGUGGACAGGACACCGUUCUUCACCCUCCACAGUUCUUCACUCCACCCUCCAUCACAGCCUCCAGUAGCAACAGCUCUACAUGGACUUCUGGAUCGCUCAGCCAGCAGCAAGGGCCCCUGCUGGGCAGCACCCACUUCCUGCUCCUGGUCUUCCUGAAGGUGCCCCUGCUCCUGGGCAUGCUCGGUGCUGCCCUCUGGGUCAACAGGCCUCAGUGGGCAGUUUGUGGGGAGACAAAACCAGUCUGACCAAGACAACCUGCAGCCCCGCUCCCCCACCAUCAAUAUCCUGUCCAGAGACACAGCCGCUCAGACUAGAGAAGAACUGACCUUGAACUUCAUGUCGCUUUUCACCUUAUAUCCAGAGACUUGAUAAAAAAAAACAACAACCAACUUUAAAAAGUUUAAUGAAAUAUAUCACAUAUACAAGUGUC